AUGGAAAGCAUUAAAAGCCCGAUUCUAGAUCCGCCCGAGCCAUCAGCGCGAGGAAAGCUUGGGGCAAAGCCAAAGCAGACAAAGAGUCGCAAUGGGUGCAUCACCUGCAAGGCCAAGCGGUUGAAGUGCGACGAAAUCAAGCCAUCAUGUCACCAGUGCGAAAGAAGAAAGGUCCGAUGCGGGGGAUACAAGAAAGACUUCAAAUGGCGGCCAUUUGAGGAAACCAACCUGGCCUCUGGGCGGCCUUUGGUGACCAAGGCCAAGAAAGCAAAUCUCACGUCCAGUCAAGCUCCGUCGGUUGUCAAUAUUGGCCAGACACUUCCGACUCCUCCAACAACUGAAAAAUUAGCAUCGCCGAUUCGUAUGCAGCCCCGCAAGUCUGAUGGCUCUCAUUCACCUCUAGACUAUCCUUUUCACAGCUCGCCCAUGAGCAUCAAUAGCUUUUUGUCUACGGACACACAUUCCCUUGAAGAUCUACCUAUCACACGGGGCGAUGUUUCCAUGGCUGAGUGCGGUGAGCCUCCUUUUGAUAUCAAUGUAUCAUUAUCAGCCGACUCUCCCUCUUUCAAUUUUCUCUCUUUUUUGGAGCCCUUUCAGGACUCGCUGUCACCCGGGAACUGCAUGGCUACUGAUAUUAAUGUUGAUCCUACCAAGAAUAUGCCUUUGGGUCCAGAGCAGCCAGAUGCGGAUGCAUCGAGGCUGAGCUUCUCUCAACUGUUGGAGGAUGAAAAUGAUGACAUCGAGGAGAUCAUCCGGAAGUCGGAACCAGGACUGGGACCUUGGAACUUCAUCUUCCCAGACGGAGAUUCUCUCAAUUUGGACGCACCGAGCUUGUCAAAUAACCCAUCCCUACCGCCUGAAAGCCCAGAAAUGCUGGUCAUGCGAUUCGAUAAGCUCACAUGUGGGAUUUUAUCCAUCAAAGAUGGUGCCUUAGAGAACCCAUGGCGAACACUCAUUUGGCCGUUGGCGAAAGACACGCCCGCUCUCCGCCAUGCCAUUUUUGCUCUAACGGCUUUUCACUCGGGCAAACAAAGCCCCCAUCUUCGGGCCCAAGGAGUAAAAUACAUGCGCCAGAGUAUAACAGGUCUAGUUGGACAACUGCAGAAUAUGAGAGCGGAUACUGCACUUGCGACUAGUCUUGCGUUGGCAUUUGCCGAUACGUGGGACCAACACACUCGUACUUGCAUUCAACAUUUGCGAGGUGCAAAAACUUUGAUGUGUCAGGUCAUUGAGGCCGGGAUGCAAAGGGGCGUUAGUGAUGAUGAGCUAGACCGCAUCCGAUUUCUCUAUAACACAUGGUCCUAUAUGGACGUGAUUGCGCGACUAACCUCUUUGGAGGAGUGUGGCCCUCAAAGCUGGGACUCUUCAAUUUUCGAGCUUCCGAGUGACGCAGUCCAUGAUAUAGAUCCCCUGAUGGGUUGUGCAGCUACUCUAUAUCCUCUUAUGAGUCGGGUGGCAAAAUUGAUUCAGCAUGUGCGGAGAACAUCGUCCAACACGGUGUCGGUUGUAGCUCAAGCUAUGGAACUGAAAGCUCUUGUUGAGCAAUGGGAGCCACCUCACUGGUUUGAGCCACCAGAUGACCCUAACUCCGAAGUCCAGCAUAGCAUUCAAGUUGCACAUGCCUAUCGCUGGGCUACGUUGCUUUACCUGCAUCAGGCCGUUCCAGAGAUACCCUCCGAGCCGGCCGAUGAGUUGGCAAAGAGGGUCCUAAUACUACUUGCCACCGUACCAUAUACGUCUCGCACCACUAUCAUACAGAUGUUUCCUCUCUUAGCAGCUGGCUCUGAGGUUGACACGGACGAUGACCGAAAAUGGGUCUUGGAUCGAUGGACGACAAUUCAGUCGCGCUUGAUGCUAGGUGGUGUAGACCGCUGCUUAGAGGUCUUGAAGGAAGUCUGGGAACGUCGCGACGCAAUGAAUGCCAGAAAUGAGCUUGAAACAGAUAGUUCACGGCGUCCGGGGUCAUUUUCAUCUGGAAACAGGGAGAAAAUGAGCUCGUCAUUGCCAACCGAUUUCCGCAAAUAUAGUCUCAAUGGUUCCCACAAGGGCUCAACAGGAGUAAGAUCAGGGCAAGCUGCGUCGAGGUCUGCGCGACGGGGUUCAGCACUCGCCUCGCUUGAAAAUAUUGAAUUUGAAAGAACUGUACGCGGUAAAUUGCAUUGGGUGAAUGUUAUGGCGGAGUGGGGAUGGGAAGGUGGGUUUGACAGCUUUCAAAUCAUUUCAUCCAUCGACUAA